CAGUGGACGAAGCUACAGACUUGUUAGAACGCCUCACUUCGGAAGCAACAGGAUACUUUCUGCUGUCGCCUGAGCGUCAACUACACAGCGAAGCCAUAAGGGAGCAUAACAAAAUGCUGAGCAAGCAGUUUCUGGUGGGAAGUCACAGACGUGAGCAUCCCAACAGAACCUUGCUCGAGGAGAAGCCCCCGCCCAGUCACAUCAGAAGCUGAUCAGAGCUCAAUCUCCACCUAUAGCAGAGACGGAGCUUCAACCGUCAAGAGAGACCCGCGUUGUUCUGGCCCAGUUACGGUCCGGAUAUUUAUAGCCACCCCAACAUCCCCGGCAUAUGAAGACCCCCACGACACCAACCAUCUCUUCACAUACCAGCUCAAUCCCACUCAGCUAACAGCCCUCUCCCUUUGGGCCGACUCCAUCGAAACAGCUCGUUUCUUAGGUCUACCGUUUCUUGAGCUUUAAUACAACGAUUGAUGGACAAACCGAACUAGGUGGAUCUUAGAAGUGCUGCUCCAACAACAACAAAAACAAAGUUCUUAAGGUACCCUUAAACAGAUGCGGUACCUUACGUGGCAGUUCUAUCCGCUAAAAUACGUGGUACUUAUAUACAUGCCCACCUCACAUCGGGGAGAAGCUCGGCUAAUAAUUAAUACUUUUGGUAUUGGGUAUUGAUGGACUGGUAUUAGUAGGCGAAAAAUGUGUUUGAUUGUUGCAACAGUAGAGAAAGAUCGAGUACGAUCUUCAGUCGUUUUCAUUAAAAACAGUCUCACGAAGGUCGACACCAGAUGUGCACGUUAAAAAUCUAUUAAGCGCAAUCCACUUAUACCUCCGCCAGUGCGGCAUAAUUCGCUGUACCAAGAACAAAACUUUCUACACAUAGUCCUACAAUGUUCUUAAAGCGAUAUUCUUUAUGAAGUAAUUAACACCUUCUUCGCUCUCGUCCCAUGCAAGCCUUGAUCGGAUGCCAACAAGAGACCAUUAUUGCCAACAAAGCUGAGCAGGUCGGGCAUUUACUGUCUACUCGUUAUGUAAAUCCGACUUAUCCAACGACCUUUUCCCUAUCGCACGAUACUCUCAAAAAGCUACGUUUUCUGGGUCUACGGUUAAAUUACUUCGAUGAUAAUAAUUUAAGCACUUUUUUCUUCUCGGUAGGAUUUUAAAAAUACUUAUGUUACCCUCUCUUGCGUACUAUGCAACAAAUCCGCAGAUUCCUGCAUGAGUUUUGCCUAGGCAAAGGAUUUCUCUAGAAACGCACUGACUAAGACUAGUCUGGUAGCGCAAACUAAUCCCUACUCUUUAAGCGAACAACGAUGGACUUUAAUGUAGAUUGAAAACCGCAAAUAAUCUGAAGAGACCCUGAAAACGAAAAAGUAAAGAUCAUAAUCCCGAACCACCUAGAACUCCGAACAGCGUCUACUGUGCUUUUCAACUCUACGUACUUUUUGCCACGAUUCCAUAUUCUGAAUGUACAGUCCUAGCCCAGAUGUUUCGGGAGCAACCACUGCUUCGGAAACUCUACCAAUUUCACUGUCACUGUCCUAAGCUUUCGGAGUCUGUGGUAGGAUACAGUUUUUUUUCUAAAACUUCAGCAUCUAGGCUGGCUUACAAUAGCACAUCUGCUUUGCAAAGGUUCUCGGUGAUCAGGGGAGUGUCUGCAAACCAGAGAUAUUUUGAUAAGGUCCUUGGUUUAGGCCCUCUGUAAAUUGUAAUUGGAGUUUUUCGUUAAUAUUUCCAGCGUAUGAUUUUUGGACACUAAGUCUUCAAAGUCGCAAACAUCUAAACAGAAAUACUUGGAAGUGCAAAAAUAUAACUUUUACGAAUAAUGCCUGUUAUUAGACAUUCUGUAGUUAUGGGAACUCUUCACAAAUUUUUCCUUCAGCCAUACAUUGAAAGUAGAAAUAACUGCCAAAAGCCUUGUGUUCUCAGACUCGAUAUUGGACAAUAGGUUUAUUUGCUUCCAAAGUGUCCGUAAAGAAGCGCCUUUUGGUAUCGAGAAAACAAUUUUUGGUUGCAAGGCGUCCUGGACAAAAAAAAUACACAAACAUCAACCCCUGUAUAGUUAGCUUAAAUUCGCCCUCUUUUUUGAAUGACCACUUCAGAAUUUCUGAAGUAAUAAAAUUGUCCGUUUGAAUGGUGGAAAAGCAGGUUAUCCAUCUCGAACUCUUACCAAUUUACAAGCGCGUCAUAGCCGCCUAGUUCAGUUGAAAAUGGCCAUUACUUUCACAAAUCUAUUCUAUUUAAGUAGCACUUACCUUGCGCAACCCUAAACAAAUCCUUAAAGCACUACCGCUCAACACUAUUUGUUUAAGUAUCGUAAGUAUUUUUAGCAAUCACUAUCGCCAACAAAUCGCCCCUGCCCCCAAUCUCCACCCACACAAUUGCUCAACAAACACAUUAUUCGUUCAUCGCUCGAAUGCGCAGUGACAUUUACAAACGCGUGGCUACGUACAAAAACGGAACCCGAUGUUCCAUCAUUAUCAACAAUGAUGGAAGUGGCAUCAAUGCGACCAAGCGUAUGACAUACUCGUAACAAGUGAAUGAAUGUACGCACGGUUGCGGUGGAGGGAGAGGAAAUGAGACGAUUAAUAGUGACAGUGAAGGUGUCGUCCGUUGCCGUCAUUGUGGUUGUCGAUUUAAGUGUGUCUCCUUCCCAGAAUUUUCUCACUAAGCCGACUGUGCCGGGGGGUGAACGGAUGACAUACAAAGUUGGGCUUGGAAUAUGUUUGGGACAUAAGCAACGGAAAUAACUUAGCACCUAACGCGGCCGCAAAAGGUUUCAGCCAAUAAAUUUUCAGCGUGCUAUUGUUUUGGUUAAUGAUAUGAAAAGCAAAAUGGCUCGCAGUAUCAGCUCUCCGCUCUCUCUCUCAAUGCGCUAUCAUUCUGUUAUCUUUACCGCUCUGUUACUCGCCUUCCUACAGCUUUCCGUAUUCGUUACACUAGCCUCGUCGUCUAUCGCUACCGCUGCGCCCACUCUGAUCGGUGCCGCCUCGGGCACCCAGCUCUCGAGCAGCACUCCUCAAACCGAAGCGAACGCCAAUACCAUCGCAUCGUCAUCAGGGCAUGAGCAUGGACAAUCCACAACCUCCUCGCCACUUGCGAUACUUAGCGGUGGUUCUACUAUAGAGCCCGUGGCUGGCGCCGAAACGGCUUUAGAGUCCGUCAGCACUGCCGCUCCGACACCAUCCACGCCAAGCACCACCACAACCGCCGCUACGACUACGCCCGAACACGACAUCAUCGGCUCACCGGGCCCGGACAAGCGUGAACAGGAGGCCAUACUGAAAGCACUGGAUUGGUUGAAAGAGAAACGCGCAGCUGACUAUGGUUGGGGCAAUGACACACAUGUCGUCAUACUGGCCAAGGAAUUGUCUGGCGCACGCGAUCCCACUGAUGCCGAUGGGCAUUUGCAAGUGAUACAAGAGCUGGAGGAUACGCUGUCCGUGAAGGAGAUGGAAAUUGAGAUAUUAGCAAUGCUUGAUCGUCAUCACACGCUGCCGAAACCGCUGAAUCUGGAGAAACUUGCUCGCUACGUGCUGGCGCUUGGCUCACUCUGCAAGGACCCAAAACAUUUCCACGGUCAUGACUUGGUCGCCACGCUACAGCAUCACGAGCCGGCACAGGACAAUGAGUUCGCCUUGGCCACGCUGUCGGCGUGUAGUGCUGCUGCGCAUGUGCGCAAGCGUCAGAUACGCCGGCUACUGGAUAUUGCAAGUGGCGUAACGGACCAAGGUGUAGACACAAUUGCGAUGGUUAUAUUGGCGCUGCGCUGCAUUGUGACCGAUCAUCGGCAUCGCCAUCUACAACACUUUGUACGACGGCCUGCCAGAGGAUUGGCCAGUUUGCAGGAUCCACGCGGCAGUUUCGGUUCGCUACGCAGCACUGCCCUGGCUAUGCAAGCACUGCAGGACCUUGAGCAUGAUCCGGCUGGCUCGUGGAAUCGCACUGCUGCUUCGCGAUGGAUUUUGGGUCGACAGCGCGAGGAUGGUGGUUGGACUGAAGAACCACUGCAUGAUGGGCAGGAUCCUGGCAUCGGUGUUGGUUUGACAGCGGAUAUAAUAUUGGCGCUUGGCUGGAAGGGACUGGGCGCGGUGCGUGCGCUACAAUGCGAUCAUGUGAUACGCGAGAACAGCGAUCCAGCUUCAGAAAAUGGCGAACCAAAACUAGCUGUGCCCUACGGACUGACAUCGUCGGCUGAAGAAUCGGACUUGAAGAAUGUCUCCUAUACAUAUACGCUGUGGGUGGGCUCAAAUGUGACGGAAGCAUUCUCACUCUCGCUCAUUUCACCAAAGAACACCAGCUUCUUCAGAGCCAUGACACAAGCUGCCGAAAUGGAUCCGAGAUUUACUUUCGAGGCGCGCGAAUGGCCCAAUGGCCACUAUGUGCAUACAUUGGCUGGAAAAAAGGAGGAGCCAAGGGGGUAUAAUUACUGGCUGCUGUAUCGUUUGCCCGAGCUACCCGAUCCCAAUAAUGCACCUGGUAAUCAGCUGAUUGCACCAGUCGGCGUUGAUGAACUCAUGGUCGAGGAUGGUGAACACUAUCUCUACUGGUACAAAAAGCUCUAAGCUGUCUAAGCAAGACUCACAAACAGCAAUAUAUAAUAGACAUACGAAGAUGAAGCAGUAAAUGGAUGGAAAAAAUAACUAUAGAGUUAAAUAAAAGCAAAGAAAUAUUAAAAUGAAAAUUAUACAACCAACCUACAUACAAUAUGCUGCUAUCCAUAUACCAAGAGGCCAUAAAUGAACAAGCAAAUGCGAAUACAAAUAUACACACCAAAAUAUACAUAAUAAAUAUAUGAUAAACUACAGUUUAAGCCUAAAAAAGACGAUUCUAAAAUUUAGAAGCAGAAAAAAGCAAAAAAAAAAAAACAAAAAGUAAAUAAUCAAACAAAAGUUCCGCGCUUUAGCAAUGGCAAACGCAAAAUUCAUACAUAAAUAUAGCAAAGCAAAUUAUUUAUAUUUAGAAAUAAAAACUAAAAUAAAACCGAAGAGAAGGCGUAAAAACUGAUAUUAAAAACAAACACAGCAACAUUGAUAAACAAGAGUAAACAAAGAAAGACAACAACAAGAUUGAUAAAUUAAAAAGAAUAUAAAAUAAUAAAUGUUGAUAAACGUGAUAAGGCAUGUGAAGGAUAAUAUUUAAUAAGAGCAGGUGAACAAAGGUCAGCACUACCAGACACAUACACACACACACAGAAAAAAAGAAAAGGAUAUGCAUACACAGCAACACAAGCGCAGACACAAAGUAAUUUACACACACACGCGCGCAUACAUACGAGUAAUACACCCCCAUAAAUGGAUAGAAAGUAAUUAAUAUUAAAAAUAGAAAGCAAACAAAAUCGAACGUCCAUGUUAACUCAGUCGUGUAUAUACAUAAGUCGUAUCGUCUUUAUAUGAUAAUAAAGGGUGUUACAUUCACAUUAUUAUACACAAAGUAGUGAGCGCGCUUUAAAGUUAUUGGAUUUAUUGUAUUAUGCGUAGUUGUUUUAUAAAAGUGAUAGCUACCCUAUUAUUUGUACUUUGUAGUGUCCGUAUAUGUACCCUCCUUCUAUCACCGCACAUGAAAAUCAAUCUCUCAAACCCCUAUUUUUAGCCAACUCCAUCUAUGGUCCCAGUCAGGUAGCACAACCUAAUACUCAGCAUGUACCACAUUUUUGGUUGCCUACUAUCGCAGUGAGCAUCGAAGUACACGUUUUCUUAAGGCAUACCCUCUUCCCAGGCACGUCAGAAGGCAUAUUUUCGAAUACAAGGACACGUUCCACUCGCACCUACAACAACCUUUGAAAACGACAGUGCGCGUACCGUCAAGCCAUUAACCAUUAAUGACGUUAUUGGAAUCCAAUCACCACCAACAAUCGUAGACAGAGAGCUUCAGCUGCUGCGUGGUACUCGUGUUACUCUGGCUCUAAUUAAGGUCUGAACUCGUACUUAUCCAACCCGAUCCUGACAUUGGUUCAACCCAAUUCGAAACGGCACGUUUGCUGGGCCUACCGUUAGUUGAGCUUGGCGACAGCGAUUGAUCGACUAACAGAUUUAGACGCGGCUUACUAGUAUCGCUACAAUAAAGCAUUGGGAUUUUUUUUUGCAGACGCCCCGUUUUUUUCUUUCAGUUACAUUUACAUCAGAACUGAUAUGGUUCGGCUGAAAUCUAUCAACGUGAAAACGCGAAACGUUCAAAACUUUUUUAGUCUCUGAAAUAUGUAUACAGUCUCGAGCCGCUUCAGCCAUGAACUUGAAAGGUGAGGUAGCUGCUCAUCCACAGUAAACUCUACUCACGAAGCGGGUGUAUCGCUGGCAUCGUGCAAACUUAGACUUAGGACGAAUUUCAUAUAGAGGGGAAGCCGAACUAACUUCUGGAGCACGAAAAAUUUAGCCCAGUAUCGAUAUUAACAGCACUCCCAAUUCCGACUGGUAAUAGGGAUUACUACGAACCAUUGACUUAUGGGAACGCACGCCAGCAGUGUGAGCUUUCCAGCGAAUACUUUUCGGGCACUGACCAGGUGGGGCUAGACAUAGGCGGCGGUUUCUUCCAUCACCACUUUUUCGAGUGUCUGUUAUACCUAAGCUCGGCGACCUAAGCUGCGAACUACAAUGCCUCGUUAGACUAGCUAACUGGUUUUAUUCCUAGUUAAACAAUAGGCCAAUUAAUAAGCAUUACAACGGGACUCGGAUGGAUCACCAAAAACUAAACUAAUUUUACCUAUGACCUUCUGAAGCUUUUGUUAUGACCAUUUUAGAAUCUUGACUAAAGGUUAUUUAACAAAAUCUCCUUUAAUACCAACUACCGACAACGGGUUCCGGCUUUGGUUUAAUUACAAAACAAGAACAUUCCCACAAAAGAACCAAAAGACGUUUCCGUAAAGAACAAAAUGCGGACAAAACUCGGGGCGUCUGCUUGCUGGGAAUGAAAAAUCGUUUCAGUGAAUGGUAAUUCUAAGCCAGAGAAAGCUUCAGAUCGUUUAUCAUUUAUGGAGCAAUUUUUCAUUUUCUAUGCAAAAAAAACGGAUCGCGUCUUAAGUCUUUUGUGGACUUAAUUUGUUUAAUUAUGUAUCUUUCAGUUCUGAUUUGAUUAAUUUUGAUAUUCAAACUGUUCAAACUAAUGGAAUGCUGAGAGAAAAAAAUGUAUUUGUCGCUUCCAUUCUUCGCGAAUAGUUCAGAGAAGAUUUGUUCCCGUUUCCUUCUCUGUCAGAAAGUUUCUGAGACUUAAGUUCCCAAAUGGUUCUUCGAAAGUAAGUUCAUUGCAGUUUUGUUCCCGUUUUGUUUUUUUGCUAGAACGUUCCGGAGACUUGUUUUCUUUUAGAAAAGUUCCCAAAGGAAUUCUUCGCAUUUUGUUCUCUUUGGAAACGUUCCACAGGGCAUUUCGACAGUUUUGUUCUCACUUUCGUUGUUGUGAAAACAUUCCCGAGGGUUUUGUUUUCAUUUUGAUUUGAGGUUUUAAGCGUUGUUGGGAACAAAACUACGAGAACGUCAUUUAGUUUCGAUCAUACCUUUCGUUCUCGGUCCCUGUUUAACACAUAGCACUUAUUUUCAGAAAUUCUUGGGCCACCACAAACUAACCUACUUACUAUGACUUUCUGAAACUCUUGUAAUGACUAUUUGAGAAUUUUGAAUGAAGACUAUUUAACAAAAUUUCCUUCUUUUAUACUACGGACUUAUUAUCACAAAUUCUUUCGAAGCAUAGCAUUUUAUAAGAUUUUGUUGGGAUCCCAUAUAAGUCCGCACUUACUAGAUUUUACCAGACUUUACUUGAAAUCGAUUAAGCACUCGCUUUGAGCGAAUUUUUUUUUUUUUUUUUAGUCCGAGAAAUAACGGAUUGGGCCAAGAAGAUAGUGGUAAAAAGGAGGGUUCAUCACACCACUGCCUCUUGACAUACAUAUCUUCAAUUAAUUUUUUUCUAUCGUAAUAUUGCUUCUUGCAGCUGUGCUCUUUUUACAUACACUCGUAUGUACAUAACCCUCCUUUAUAUAUCUGCAGUUGGUCAUUCAUGGGGCAGCUAAAAAUAUAUUCUUCAUAGUUUUACUCAAUACUUAGUGGUCCUAAGCGUUUACAAAUCUCUGGUAAUGCUCUUAAGUCAAUCAAAGGCUCUCCUAUUUUUGCCAUUCGCGCUCUUCACGCAUAAAAUAACUUUCUAGUCGAUUACAAUGGUUGUUCUGGUAAAACAGCUACAUUUAGCGAUAUCAGAUUGUCUUUAAUGAUCAAAGUAUUGCGCUGAGAAAAAAGGCGAUAGAAUUUUUGUUCAAGAACAAAUUUCUCGAAAUAACAGGUAAAGUCGAGAGACUCUCUGCUAUAUCUGCAGUUCUCAACAUGCUUAUAAAAAUUCUAUCCUAAUUGCGUAGAUGCCUUAUUUGCAUAAUUCGGUUA